AUGUCUCCCAACAGUGACAACGCCAUGGCCCGCUUCCUCUUCGCUAUCCUGAAGCAAAAGAACCUCAAGGACAUUGAUUGGAACGAAGUCGCUCAAGAUCCGGUUCUGCUGCAGCCCAUUACGAACGGGCAUGCUGCCAGGAUGCGAUACUCCCGCUUUCGUGCCACCGUCACUGGCCACGAGCCGCAGAAGAGGAGCCGCCACGGCGAAAAGGGGAAGAUAGCCAAGCCCAAGAAGGACACACAGGUGAAGAAGGAGCCGAUUAUAAAGUCGGAAUCGCUCGCCAGCCAGUCUCCGCUUGCACAGUUUUCGCCCGCUUCGAUGGUCUCGCCAUACCUGGGCGAUACCUUGGGCGACUUCAGCAAAGCGCGGUUCCUGACUCCUAGCAGUGAUGACUUGGGUCAGGCGAUGUUGGUUCAUCCCGCUGCCGUCGAGAAUGGUGCCAGCAACCCCCCAUCCGUCUUCACGCCCAGUACAGACGCAAGCCCCGAUUUCCCUCUCUUCGACACCUUCGAGCCGGUCUAUGACAUGACCGGCUACGGUGCCGAGCCCGGCGACUUCCAAACCCAGGACGUCUCUGACAUUGGCGCGACUCAGUCCCUCAUCGACUGUAGCCAGGACUGGAGCGAUCGCUUCCACGACCCAAAACUCUUUUGA